GUUAAAAAUUAAAAAAAUAACAGGAGAUGUAGAUAAACUUAUCUUCACAAAUUCUAACACCUCCAUCCACCAUUUCUCCAUUGUUGUUGAAGAACAAACGAUGAUCCUCCAAUCACGAAUUUCACCUCCUUUGAAGCAAAUCCCACUAAUUGGCUCUCACGCUUCGCUCUUCAUUCCCGCCAAUUUGCCUCGAAAACUUCCCAUCAAGAUUAACUUAACUCGUCAACAUCUCUCCCUUCAGACAUGUGGAAGAGAUUUGGGAGCUUUACGGACACUGACCUUAGCAAACCUUGAUGAAUCACCCAGUGACAAAGAUGCAAGGAACUCAGAAAAAGAUACUAUUAGUAUGGCAGUCUUUUCAAGUGGAUCAAUGACUUUGUUGACAUGGGCAAAUCCAGUAGCAGCAAGUGAAUAUGUGAAAAUGAACCCUGUUUAUGAGGUUGGGGAGUUAUUCGAAUUAGGGAUCCAGCUAUCCUACCUUCUUUUGUUGUUAGGGCUGCUUGGUGUUGGGACCUUUUUCGUGAUCCGUCAAGUUCUUGUCCGCAGAGAACUUGAUCUUUCUGCAAAAGAGUUGCAGGAGCAAGUGAGGAGUGGUGAUGCAAGUGCAACCGAGCUAUUUGAACUUGGAGCAGUGAUGUUAAGAAGGAAAUUCUAUCCAGCUGCCACAAAGUACUUGCUUCAAGCAAUCGAUAAAUGGGAUGGAGAUGACCAGGAUCUUGCCCAGGUUCACAAUGCUUUGGGUGUUAGCUAUGUUCGUGAUGGGAAAACCGACAAGGGAAUAUUUCAGCUCGAAACGGCUGUGAAGAUUCAGCCAGGGUACGUGACAGCAUGGAACAACCUUGGUGAUGCCUACGAGAAGAAAAAAGAAUACAAAUCGGCUCUAAAUGCAUUCGAGGAAGCGCUGCUAUUCGAUCCUAACAACAAGAUCGCACGGCCCAGGCGAGAUGCCUUGAAAGAAAAAGUGCAAUUGUACAAAGGAGUUCCUCUUAAGUCCAAGCAGAGAUGAUUCUAUCAUGUCCUUUUUGCUUUAUAAUUCAAAAAUUAUAGCUUUGAGAAAUUUGUUGUGUUAUAGGGAACUUGCUUAAAGCUCUUGAAACAAUCUUCUUUUUCUACUGCUUACUCUUUGUUAUGUUCACAAUUUCUA